AGCAACACUAGCAACAGUAGGCUCGGUGCAGGCAGCAAACGAGGGUUGCCGACAAAACGGGGAGAGGCGAGAGAAGAGCAGUUCGUACGGUCGCUCGCUCACUUGGGUUUAUUAUUAACAUCCCUCUCUCUGUCUCAGGGUUUUCUUUUUUUACCUGCCCUACGAUCGGUGUGAGUGAAUCCGUCAGUGUCUCGGCCAGGGUUAAAUGAAACUGGUUUUUCUCUGUUCUUCCUCAUCUGCCUCAUCUUUCGGAGCAGACCCUGGUCCUGCCCUUAUCGAGCGAUCCGAGUGCACGUGUUUCGGGGUUGUUGUCCGACGCCAGCUCGUCCCCUGUAAUUUUCAAUAUCCAUUAUUACUAUGAUAUGUUGCAUUGGUUGCAUUCGUCUUUUCACCGACUAUUGGAUCAUACUUGAUUUCUGCUCGCAUCGCUGCAGAAACAACUGAUUCGUGACUUCGUGUCGUGUUAAUUCUCGACAAGGAUGCUACGGAAACUGUGAAAUUCCAGCGAGAGAGGAAAUAUCAUAUUUGCAACUCUAUCGAGUGCUGAGAGGAAGUGUGGAUCGGAAAUACCCGCAGAAAUGACAGAAGCCGAAUGCUGCUGCCGAUAUUCUUGUAUCAGUAGGUCAUAGACACAAGGCAAGAGGUGAACGAGAUUAAAAGCCUGGAGCGAUGUCUCGAGACGAGGUGCUCGCGACCAUGGGUGUGGAAAUCGUUCAAGUUGCGGCGACCCGCUUGAGCAAUAGUUUCGCCUACAUGGACGACGUGUCCAAGAGCCUCUCCCGCGGGUCCCGCCGACUGAAGUCAAGUUUGCUGGAGGAACGAGCGACCGACGAGUCGGACCCCACGAGCAACACGAGCUCCGUCGCUUCGGACGACUAUCACGGGGCGUCCUCCAUCCCCUGCUCCCUGGAAGGCUCGGUGCAGACGCCCGAUAGGAAACGCGUGAGUCUCGGCAGCCAUCGCCAGAGACUGAAGAGCAGCUGCACCAUCAGCGGCGACAACGGCAGCAUCGGAUACGGGUCGUCGGCGCCGCUCGAGUCGGAGAAUUCCUACUCGUCUCACCCUGGAUAUCCGCUGACGCUGACUACCGACAAGGGGAGCAGUCGGAAGUCGAGCUCCUCGUCGAGCAACUCGCCCAAGGAAGAGGACACGAGGACUGCUUCCUCGGCCACUUCGCCUCCGACUUCACAACGAUUCCUGUCGCCGUCUUCCUCCAUUCCACCCUCGACGACGUCCGUUAGUUCUUCCUCCAGGACGCCUGCUAAUUCCAGAGGAACCACUGGCAAGAGUCAGAGUUCGCUGACCAGGUCCCGUGGCGUGGUUCCAGGGACUGUUGCGCCCUCGACGUCCUCUUGGAACAGUUCGUCGGUGGAGCAAGAGUCGAACUACGUGAUCGAUGUUGAGAAGGGAAAUGCGUACCACAAAGGACAAUUCCUCGGAAAGGGUGGCUUUGCGAAAGUUUACCUUAUAACCGACAUUUCAACGAGGAAACAGUAUGCUUGCAAAAUUAUUCCCAAGAAUCGAAUGCAGAAGAUUCACAUGCAAAAGAUUGCGAGAGAGGUGACGAUACACAAGGAACUGAAUCAUGUCAAUGUCGUUCAGAUGCAUCAUUACUUCGAGGACAACCUUAGUGUCUACAUGCUCUUGGAAGCUUGUCCACGAAAGAGUCUGAUGCACGUGUUGGGUUAUCGUGGCAAAGUAACGGAACCGGAAGCCAGAUACUACAUGAAGCAAAUGGUAACAGGAGUUGCUUAUAUUCAUUCGCAAAAAGUCGUUCACAGGGAUUUGAAACCUGGCAAUAUGUUUCUCUCGGAGCGAAUGAUUGUCAAAAUCGGAGACUUCGGAUUGGCCACUCGCCCUGAUGGUCAACGCAGAAAAGUAACGAUCUGCGGGACGCCCAACUAUAUUGCUCCGGAAGUUCUCUACAAACAGGCUUACAGUUACGAGGCGGACGUUUGGGCUCUGGGUUGUAUUCUGUACGCACUGCUCGUCGGCCAACCUCCGUUCGACACAGCGACACUGAAAGAGACGUACACGAGAAUCUGCAACAACCGAUAUCGGGAAGUGGACGACACGAUGGCCAGUCGCAAUGGACAGGAUCUGAUUCGCUGGCUCUUGCACCCGAAUCCCGAACUGAGGCCGUCCCUCGAGCGGGUCAAGGAGCACCCCUAUCUCACCAAGGAGUACGUGCCGUCAUUCUUGCCCGACACGUGCUGCUACCGGACGCCUCAACUCUCGAUUAUCGAGCCACUCACUUCGGCAGUCUCGCCCUCGUCGUCCGUCAUUUCGACGAACAACAAUAUUCACGCGGAGGAAAUAACGCAACACUCGCAGCUGAGGGCCCAGUCGCCGUCGCGAGUCGACGGCCGCAAGCAUUCGGGCAAAGGACAGAAGGUCUCGAACUGGCUGGCGAGGAAGCUGUCGAAGCUGCCCAAGCUGCCGUGGUUCCGACAGCGCCUCAGCAGCGUUCUCUGUCCCGAGGCGAGGAAGAAGCAAACCCUGAUGGAAUCCGGCGGCGGUGGCGGCGGGCAGACGCCUGUUGUGCCGCAGAGUGUGCAGAUGAGCAGGGCACUCGAAGAUGGCCUCGCCGAGAUAAAGUGUCGACAGGCGGCUAGGAAUCCCCCCAAAGUGGAUGACGUGACGCCCUUGUUUGUCAUCAAGUGGAUUGAUUACUCCAACAAGUACGGCUUGGGUUUUCAGCUAUCUGAUAAAUCCGUCGGGGUGCUCUUCAAUGACAGCACGAAGAUGAGCUACACUCCCGAUAGAAGGCGAGUCGAGUACAUGAGAACCGAUGACGAAGUGACGAGAUAUCACAGGGAGAAGGAUGUUCCUUCAGCAUUAGAAACGAAACUAGAUAUUCUGAGAUAUUUCACGGAAUAUAUGGAGCAUCACCUAACAGAAGGUGGCGAAAUCAAAGAAAUUAAAAACACGCGCCAAUCGCGCUCCGCUUGUGUGCCAAGAAUGCGGCGCUGGCUGCGAACGGACAAAGCGAUUGUGAUGGAACUGACCGGACCACUUCUUCAGGUGAAUUUCUUCAUGGACCACACGAAAAUGGUCGUCUCGCAGGAGCCAUUGUGUAAAGAGUACCUCAUCACUUACAUCGACGCCAGUAGACGUGUCUCUUCCUACUGGCUAGGUGAUCUCCGGAGUUACGGUUGCACCUCCGAAAUCCACGAAUGCUUGCACUACCUUUGCAAAGUGUCCCGCGAGUUUGCUGAUCUCGAUAACAAUGCAGUUGGCUGAUUGCCAACGUUUAGAACCUUUCUCGAGGUUAAAGAAACCAAAAUCUAGAAUUUUGCUUGAACUUUUAUUUUUCAAGUUAUUCUAUAUCUUCUGUGAUCUGAAUUUGUAGUGAUUUCUUAGGAGGAAGGUAGAAAGAAAGGAGAUGGAGAAGGAGAAUUUCUCGAAAACUGGAUAAAAAUAACAUUGUUAUUAAAACUUUAAAUGUUACAUUUAGAAUUUCUAUAUUAGAAGUUGUUAUAGAAUUUAGUGGAAAAAAAGAGUUUUUUGUGCGUAAAAUUAGAGAUUAUUUAUUUAUUUUUAUCCAGAUUUCUGUUAUUAUUUGUACUUCGAAAAUAAACUCCAUUUUCAAAAAUGAAAAAGGAGAAAAUUGCACUAAAAAAAAAAACUUUCUGUGAUUGAUUUCAAAGUUUAAACUCGUUUCCGGGACUCUGUUGAGUUUUUCAAAACUUUAUUAUAAAAGAAGCUUAUGUCUCGUAGCUUUAAAAGAACGAAUAUAAUUAUAAACUCGAUUCGCGACUGGUUAAUGGCCGUUUUGUACUCUCGAGAUGAUCGCACAGUAGUUGUUGAAACUCUUAGAGAAUUUAGCUUAAACGCAGAGUUCAGUCAAGGCUACCAAUUAAGUUGAGGGUCUUUGGUAAUCCUAGUCAGAUGCGUUUUUUCAAGUUUAUUGAAAGUUCAUGAAAGAGAACAGAUGGUCACUGCCAAUUUGUUGCCACUGUAGUUACAUGUCGCUGUUAAUUCCAGGACGAUUCGUUUAAUAAUAUAAAAAAACAAAAAAAAAUAAUAGAGUCGUAAAAUUGUUGUUAUUACUAUUGCUAUUAUUAAUAAUAUUAUUAUUAGUUAUUAAAUAACUAUACUUUACUUUAUUAAUUUAAUUAAAUGCAUUGUUAAGUGGUUUAGUCAAUUGUCAAUUACUCGUCAAUUGAAUUUCAUUGAUCGUACAUUGAAAGUCAAUUUAAUUUAAUUGAUCUUUAAUUACUUAACGAUUUAAUUUCAUUAGUUGUUAAUUAAUAAAUGAAUAAUCAUCUAUUAUAAAACAUCAUCGAUAUUAUAUAUUGAACAGGAACAGAAGGAAAGUCACUGUAAUUAGAAUCAAAUCUUCAUUGAGUCUCUCGUUUUCAUUACUGUUACAUUUUUAUAUCGCGCAAUAUCUCCUCCAAAAGUGUUAGCUUCAAAAAAAUUGCAAUCAAACAGAAAAGUUAAACCGAGAUAAGAAAAAGUUAAUGCAUUUUUUAAAACAGAAAUCAAUUAUUUUCAUAAAAUGAAAUUAAAAAGAAAAACAAAAUAUAAUUGUUAAUUUAAAAUGAAAAGACAGUUAUUUGAAAAGGCUAUAAAAAAAUGUAAAUUAUCUUUUCUUUGUACUCCUGAAAUUGUAAUUUUUGGAAACGGAAGCUUACACGAUGGUGAAAUGGUUAGAAUGUUAGAUAUAUUAUAAAUGUAUAAUAUAGUGAUAAAGAGUUUCAUUUGCUCUGUGAUCGUGAAACGGUGUGUUAGAUCUAAAAAUUUGAGAUAUAAAUUAUAUGCCUUAGAAAUAAUUAACGUUCCGAUUCAUUUGCUUUUACGAAUGAUAUUCCUUCGCUUCAUAUUUUCCUUGUUAAGAAACGAAAAUUUGACGUUAUUAUAAAAGAGUUACGUUUAUUUUCUACGAUCGUUUUUUUAACGAAAUAUAUGUACAAGGCUCAUGUUUCACGUUGAGAAACGAAUAAUGAAGAUAAUUAAAGAUCUCAAAUGCGAGUUUUCGCAAAUCAA